AUGACAGGCCAGGGUAUCCGCCGCUUGAAGGCUGUUGGAUACAUCCGCCGUGCGCUGACGCACUUUCCCGAACGAUUGUGUCGCCUCGCCAGAGCACACGGUGGACACGGUGGCUGGAGCUUGGAAGCCCUGACCCCUAGAUGGCAGGUGCACUUGCAGCGCGGUGAGUCGUGUGAGACCCUUGAUGUUGGCCGACCCAGGGGCUUAAGACACGGAGAUAUCAUAAGCUUCUGCACGCCGCCGGCAAACUGGGCGUCGUACUGUCUUCACCUGGAGAGUGAGAGUGAAGCCGAGAAACAAGGGAGGCUCCCGAAUCGCUACCCGGCCCGCUUUCCCUGCCGGUCGUCCUUGCCUGAGGCUCCUGAGGCCCCGGAGGAAUUGCGCCGCUUGGCAUGGCAGACGGACCAGAUGCGGCGUCGCUCGGAGCAGGACCAGGUGCGGGUGGCCGAUUGGUCGAACUUCUCCCAGUAUGUCAAGCAACAUUACUCGAGCCAUGGCAUCUACUGCACGUCCUGGAAGCUCACGCGCGGGAAGCCCUGUGAUCCAAAGCCAGCAAGCUUUGAGGCACGGAAGCUGCCAUCAUGGAUCUGCGAGCUCUUGGCCCAAGAUAGACCCGUGCCAGGGAGCCGUGAGCUGCCGUAUGCCAGCUGCCUGGAGGCCUCGGGCCACAAAUGCGGCAAAUGGCCCUCGCCGACGUUUGGGCCGCUUGGGAGCUCUGGAACCCAAGGGACUGAGAGUGACAACCUCGGGAACCUCCCCAAUUCUCAUUGUGGAAGUGAUGGCGGCAUUGGUAGGUCCGAUGGCACCGACGCUCACGUCGCUCACACAGAGGUGCAAGAGGUUAACCCACUGCUAUUGCAACCGAUACAGGAUUGGUUGGAGUCCGUUGAUGAUUCUGGAUUUCUGCUUCAGUAUUACGACCAGAUCGUUGCAAAUUUCGACUCCUUGAAGCAGAUCCACGAUGUUUACUUCCACGAUGGUUGCCUGGACCCGCAAUUCUUCUUGGCGGCCGGGGUGACCAAGCUUGGUCACAAGCGGAUACUGCAAAAAUGGUUCCGUGACCAUUUCGGCUGA